AUCAUAAGGAGGCGCUUCCUCGGAGAAGACAUCGAGGGUUUCAACAUUCACAAUAUCAACGGCACUCAAAUCAAGAGAACGUUCUCGAUUCGGUUCCGUAUCGUCUCGUUCUGAUCCGAACGAGCGAGACAUCGGAGGAUAUAAAGUUGCGCGUUAGCAGACGUAGGCUUUCAGUUCUCUGUUUACUUCUAUUCGCAUUCGUUGUACAGUUGUGAUCAUCCGAACAACGAGAAAACUUUCUCCGUAGUUCUGUUGUGUAGAACUUGAUUUCGUGUCCCAGACAACGAUGGCGUACUACCAGAAUCCCUACGCUCCUCCGGCAGCUAACCAGCAAGUGCUGAAUAUGUUUUACGCAGUGGACAGGGACCGGUCCGGUCAGAUCACAGCGACUGAACUCCGCGAAGCUCUCAUAAACUCUAAUUGGAGUCCAUUCAAUGAAGAAACGUGUCGACUCAUGAUCUCUAUGUUCGAUCGUGACCAUAGUGGGACAAUCAACAUUCAAGAAUUCCAACAAUUAUAUGAGUACAUUGAGCAAUGGAAGAGAUGUUUCCAGAGCUUCGACAAAGAUAACUCAGGUAACAUCAGCCCCGAUGAGCUCCACCAGGCUCUAUGCGCUUUCGGUUACAGGUUAUCCCCCCGAUUCGCGCAUCUUCUCGUGAGAAAGUUUGAUCGUUUCGGAAGACAAUCGAUGGAGUUCGACUGCUUCAUUCAAGCGUGCGUGAUGCUCAAGUGUCUCACGGACUCGUUCCGGAUGAAGGAUACCCAGCAGAACGGGACGAUUGUCAUCCGCUACGAAGACUUCCUUGAAAUGGUCUUCAGCAAUGCCAUGUAUUAGAAUCAGCACGAAGUACCGAAAUCCGGGUUCGAGAACAUUUGUGCCUCGUGCCGCCGAAUCGUUCCUCAAUCCAUGAUUUCUGUGCUCCGUCUAUUCAAUGGAGUCAGCCAUAUUUCCGGAGCAGUAUUCUGAGAUAAUUAACCGCAGAACUCCACUUUCUAUAUCUCUUUGACGGGGAGGAAAACAUUUCAGCAUCUAAUAUAGCCGUUCCGAAUAUUAUUUGUCCCUAUCCCAAAUCUCCGUAAUCCUCCGUGCCCGGUAUUUUGUGUGGAGUUUUGUUUCAUCGAGAACUUCACGGUUCCUUCUCCGGAAUCCGUGUACCUCCACCGGGUACUCGCGGAAAAGCGUCGGCCUCGGAUCGCUGUCUUCGGAGUCUGUGACGAAGGAGCUAGAUUCUCGCUCGAGGAGACUCAGAGAAUAAAUGCAGGGAAUGCCAAGAUAUCAGA